UCUUUUACGUCUAGAAUAUUAAUUCACGCUACUUCUUCACGGUUGUGAAACUGACUUUUGGUUUUAACAGCUCCAUAUUGAAACCUUCUUGCGCUUUUCGACGAUUGAAAACCGCACAGUUUCUAACGAAAGCAAUGAAUAGAAGACUUCUCUUGGUUUCCAACUCGACUCUGCAUGGUGGGGGAUAUCUGGAUCACUGCCAGCAGCAGAUAAAAGAUUUCUUCGGAGAGGAUGUCAAAAGAAUUUUAUUCAUUCCGUAUGCCUUACAUGACAGAGAUGCGUAUGCCAAAACAGCGAAACAAAAAUUUAAGAGUCUGGGUUAUGAGGUGGACAGUAUUCAUGAGGCUGCCAGUCCAGUGGAUGCAGUAAGAAAAGCACAAGGGAUUUUCAUUGGUGGCGGAAACACCUUUCGCCUUUUGAAAACGCUGUAUGACCAAAAUCUGGUUUUGGAAAUAAGGAAGAGAGUCCUUGAGGAUGGGGUUCCCUAUAUGGGAUCAAGUGCUGGGACGAAUGUAGCCACCAUCAGCAUCAACACCACCAAUGACAUGCCCAUUGUCUACCCUCCCUCUCUAAAGAGUAUUGGCUUGGUGCCCUUUAACAUCAACCCUCACUAUCUGGAUCCUGAUGGGAACAGCAAGCACAUGGGGGAGACCCGUGAGCAGCGCAUUUUACAGUUUCAUGAGGAACCUGACACCCCCUGUGUUCUGGGCUUAAGGGAAGGAUCAAUGUUGGUUGUGGAAGGCAGUAAAGCAACUCUGUUGGGCACUACAAAUGCACGUCUGUUUGUAAGGGGAAAGCCAGCAACAGAGCAUGAACCUGGAGCAGAUUUCAGCUUUCUUCUGAACGACAGCAGCCCAUAAAGAAGUGCAAGAAAAUUGGCAAACGCAUUUGCUACAUUACUGCCUUGUCUCUUUCACACCUGAAGAAGGCUCCACGGCCGAAACGUUGUGUUUUCUCUCUUCUUUUUUUCAGCACGGAAUAAACCGAUUACUUGUACUUCUGUAAUAAUUUGUUUUUGAUCUGUUUAGAUAGUAACUUUUCUAUAUAUGUCCCACAAUGAUACCUGGACAUCUCUAAUACAAGUGAAAUUUUGGUUUUGCUAUUUAUUCAGUUGAAUUUGUUUCGGAUCUGCGUCUGUACACCCCUACUCACAGUUCAUUUGCUCUAGUCACUGUCUUCCAAGGCUAAUGGGCUGAACGGCAUGUUCUACCGUCCCUCACGAAAUAGACUUACAAAGAUAAAAAUAUGUCAAUGAAGGAAGGUUCGAAUCUACACAAAAAAGACAGACAUAUGUAUAUAAAACACAAAAAUAAGAAACCUAAAAUAGUUUUAAGAAUUAUAUACUGUAGUGUCCAUUUUAAUGAUAAAGUAAACAUAAAUAUAAAUGACUGUUAAAAUCUGUAUAAAUGAAACUUAUAUCGAA